UGAUUGUUCUCGCUUUGGUCAAUUCUUGCGACUGUUUCGUCUCUCUCUCUCUCUCUCUCUCUCUCUCGUGAGUGUGUGCGGCUCUCUGUUUUACAAUCGAGGUCUUGUUGCCUGGCCAUAUGUCUCUGCUCCCAUCUUGUCUUCUUCUCUGUGGGUUUUCGAACAAUGUACCGCGUGCUUUGGGGCAGAUUGGCGGAAGGGGUUUGCCUUACGCUAGUGGUCGCUCACGUGUGCAAGGGUAAAGAAAUCUGUGUGCCUCGCCAAGUUUCAGCAGCAGGGACAGCUCGCCAAACUUUGGCUUGGGCGCGAGCUGGGCCAAAGCUUCCAAAACCAUGGAUCAUGACACGAACGCUACAACACGCGCACAGAUAUGUGUGUGUGUGUGUGUGUGUGUGCGUGUGGCGUCCACGGUAAAGGCCGUGCAAGGGGUGGUGACAAGUCACUCCCUCCCGGGGCCCUGGGUAAAGCAUGGGGUAACGGGGCGGGAAAGAAG